UAGAAAUGAAAGUUGACUGGAUGCAAUUCAGUUUCCUCAUAUCAGAGCCACACAAUCUAUUGAAUUCCUCCUCGCAACAAAAUAGUGAAGGAAGAGUUUGGUGAAGUCUACCAACAAAACAAACUACAUCAAGAAGUUCGAAGAAUGCCUCUCAUCCUUUAUGCAGUUUCCGAUGGACCACCAUCUCUUGCAGUCCGCCAACUGCUGAAAGACAUCAACUUGGAGCACACUCUCGUGAAUGUUGACUUCGGAAUCGGAGAACACAUGACUGAGGAGUUUGCCAAGAAAAAUCCUCAGAAGGAGAUACCAGUGUUAGAUGACAAUGGAUUUCUUCUGGGGGAAAGUAAUGCAAUCCUCCAAUACAUCGCUGAUAAAUACGGCAAGAAUGAUAAGUUAUAUCCGAAAGACGUUCAAAAAAGAGCGCUGGUCAACCAUAGGCUAUGCUUUAACCUUUCCACGUACUACAGAUAUAUUUCAGAAUAUGUCAUGGCACCGAUAUUUUUCAAUUAUAAAAGGACACCAUUGGGACUUAAGAAGGUUCAUAUCGCCCUCGACAAUUUCAACAACUACCUCCAGAGGACUGGUACAAAAUAUGCAGCCGAUGAUCACAUCACCAUCGCUGAUUUUCAAUUGGUGACAGCCACCAUGUGUCUAGAGGCCAUAAACUUCGAUUUUUCCAAGUACAAAUUGGUGGAAAAAUGGUACAGUACAUACAAGAAGGAAUAUCCGGAAUUAUGGAAGAUCGUAGAUGCUGGAAUGCAAGAAAUCAGUGCUUUCGAGAAGAACCCUCCUGAUCUGAGUCACAUGACGCAUCCUAUACAUCCUGUGAGGAAAAACUAGGAGAAACGAGCAUCUUCACUUUCUGUUCAUACAAAAAUCAUGUGCGACAAUAAAGCACACUUAAUUCAU